UGUCGGUCCUUCUGAAACGUUAACCGUGCUGCGAAGGGGUUUAUCCGCUGUCCGAGUAGACAGCUGCCGACGGUAAAGGCACCGUUGGGUCUGGGGUACAUCGAAACGCCGAACAUUGCACUGAAGAGUUUAUCUGUACAUAGCGUGAAACAUGAACAUGUCUAUGCAUUUUGUGGACUCAAGUAGUGUCACACUGCUCUUCAAGUUCUGGGACGUGCAUGGACCUGCAGGCAUGGUCCUGUCCGUCUUCGUGGUGCUCCUCCUCACCGUGUUCUACGAGCUGCUCAAAGUGCUCAAGGUCUGGCUGGGGGAGCAGGCAGUUCCCACUCCACCACCGCGGCACCCCCCGGAGGCCCUGGGCAGCAGCGAUGCCCUGGCAAGCAGCCCGUCUGAAUCCUCUCUGGGCAGCACAGUGCAGCAGGAGCCUGCCAAGAAGAAGUGGCUACGGCACAGCCUGCAGGCUGCCAUCCAUGUCAUUCACGUCACUCUGGGCUACAUGCUCAUGCUGUGCGUCAUGUCCUACAACGUGUGGAUCUUCUUGGGCGUCAUCGCCGGCUCUAUCAUCGGCUACUUCGUAGCGUUCCCUCUGUUUUCCCGAUAUUCAUAAAGGAGUAGGAUACUGCAGAGACUUUGCGCACUAAACCUUUCGAGGCUGGAGAAGGUGGUGUUUUUAUUCUGGUCACCAGAGCAGCUGCCCGCUGGCGAUCAACUGACCUGCAGUUUUAACAGAAGCCACAGGGCAGAUACAUGUGUGGCAAACCAACCCUCCAACUUCCUGUGGCCAGUUUUGUGUGUGUGUGGUCUCCUGUCGGACAUUACAGCGAUGGGCAAAUGGUGGUUUUGAGUGAGGCUGGCUUUCCUUAUUCUGUAAUGUCGGGUUUACAUUUAAAUGGCAAUGUUCAAAAGAUCAAACCAGGUCAGAAACCAACGGCAGGCGAUUGGUCAGCCACGGCAUAUCUUUCUACAGUGAAAGUUUGUGAUUGGUGGGGAAGUCUGUAGGCGUUUGUCACGUUACAUGUCAGGUCUUUGGCUGUAGUUCAGAGGCGUAAUAGAGUCAAGGUCAGAGGGUGCAACACUGGCAUAGUGUGUGUGCGUGAGAGACGACUUUAAUCAGCAAUCCCCACUUCUGUGCCUUUGAGAAUGCUAAAUCCUCCCACUGCUCACAAUCAUUUCAGGAAAACAGACUGUUAACCAUACCGCGCAAUACAGCGAAUGGCAGGUUGGUGUGAAACUCAAAUGUGGACGGCCUUGACUGGAACCUCCCUCAAUGGCUCCUUCACCCCUAGAUGUUCAAAUUGUUUACUGCCAGUUAUCAGGUGGUUGUUUAAUCAAUUUAUGGCAAUUAGCUUUUAAUAAUUUAACUAAGUGUGUUUUAUGUGAACUAAUUAAAACAUUUUAAUAUCAAUCUCUAAAA